AUGCCAGGCCAUGAACUGCUGGAUGAGAUGGUGAAUGCCCUCUUGGAUCCUGAAGCCCCUAGCAAGUGGGUUGGACUCUUUGGAAUGGGAGGGUGUGAAAAGACCACCCUCGCAAGCCGCGCGCACAAUGGCCGGAGGGUGCGGGAGCAUUUCCAUGACAACAUUGUGUGGAUCACUGUGAAGAAAGAUGCUUCGGAGGACGAUCUCAAGGCCCAGCUCCUCAACGCUCUUGAAUGGGGUGAAAGGAAAGAGAGGGCCAGAGGAACCCUUGACGACAUGAAGCACUUGGCACGCGAUGUUGCUGCUGGUAACCGUGUCUUGCUGGAACUGGAUUUUAUAGCACGGCCAUCCUCUGGCCGGAUCCUGGUGACAACCAGAAAGGAAGGCAUUUUGCGCAGCCUGGAUGCAAAGGCAUUUCCUGUGCAUCAGCUAUCAAUGGACGAAAGCAAAAAGAUGUUUUGGAAGUUUGCCUUCGGUGUGCAUGAUCCACAACCCAGUGACCCUGAUGUUGUGGGAUUUGCCGAGGAAAUAGCUCAAAAAUGUGAGGGACUUCCUCUAGCCCUGGAAGUGAUUGGCAGUGCCAUGGCUGUCCACAGAAGUGAAGGGCCACAUGUGUGGGAAGAACGAUAUAAGAGGUUGCACUUGUCCAAUGACCCAGACGUUGAGAAGCAGAUGUUCAAGCGCUUGAAGUUCAGCUAUGACGAGCUGGGAAACUAUGAGGGUGAAAAGCUGCAAGAGUGCUUUCUUUAUGUGGCCGCAUUCCCAGAAGACGAGGAGAUUGAGUUCACUGACUUGAGGAAAUGUUGGAUGGAGGUUGGGUCAGAACUCUCACCCACAGCGAUUGUCAAUGAACUGGAACGGAGAUGCCUGGUCAAAGAUAAAUAAGUCUUGGGAUGACGAUGAUCGUAUAAUCGUACACGAUAUGCUACGCAAACUGUGCAUAAGAAUCUUAAAAGGGAAGUACGGUCCACAGCAAGAGCACGAGAAGGGAUGCCUGUUUGGAUAUGACUGGACAAUUGGCAUUCGGGAUGCAACAUUUGCUAAAGUCUCAUUCAUCUCAAAGAAUGUUAGCAGCUUGCUAUCCGAUAAUCAUGUGCGUGAUGUCUUACUUCUGGAUAAAUGUGAAGGACUUUCUAAUGUGGAUGACAGUUUUAUCGAUCACAUACAAGGUGUCAAGGUAUUGAGCUUGUGGUGAUGCUCUAAGAUGUGUUUUAUUCCAGAGAGCAUAUCCAAGCUGAAAAACCUUCAAGUGCUUGACAUUCAAGGAAAUAUCUAAAAGGUACUACCCAGUGGAUGCCGACGAAGUGUAACAUUGCAUUAUUGCCCCAGCUCUCCAACUUGGAAGAGCUGGGGCUGAACGUUAGUUCAAAAGAGGACUCGUCAGUUUUGGAUUUGACUGGAAUUUCACGUAAACUAAGACAUUUAAAUCUAGAGGUACAAUGAAGGUGCCAGAAAGCAUGGGGACACUGGAGCAUUGAAACAUUGGUUUUAUGGGUAGACAGCAUCGACUUUGCCAGUGUCGUUGGACGAUGGCAACUUAUCAACCUAACAACAUGUGAAAUUGAUGUGGAGUCCGUCAGCAGAGCUCCCUUGAAGCUAAUGUUUAAGAACUCAGGCUUUAACAGUUUUACAUCAAUGGGGUAGAAGACAGUGAAAAUAGUGAUGACAGCUUUGAAUGGUUGCCCCACCGCCUAGAAACACUUGACAUUGACUGCGGUGGUAUCCACUUGUUCAACCUGGAUGGAUCAUUCACAGUUCUUAGAGAUCUGGGUCUUACUAAUCUACACAUUGCACAGUCAGAAUUCAAGGAUGAUUUGGCUGCCAGUCUUCCAAAUCUAGAGUGUUUGUUCUUUAAUCUAGCUCCUGAUAUUGAAUGGGAGCACUUGCC